CUGAACGGUGCAAAAAUGUCUACAGGACGACAGAUCACUUUAGCCAAUCGGUCUUUGCACCCAACAAUUCUUCAUCCAAAAGCAGAACCACGUGUCACGCAAAGUAGUUUAUUUCAGGAGCUCCCCACCUCCCCUCACUGCACGGUGGGCUGACAUGGAGACACCACAGCAGGUGAAAGACGCCGUGCAGCGGUGCAUAGACAGACACAAAGACGAGCUGCACAGCUUAAGUCGGGACAUUUGGAGCCGUCCUGAACUCGCCGGUAACGAGACACACGCGCACGACCGGCUGGUCCGCUUCUUCUCUCAGGACGACACGUGGACGGUCGAAGCUCACUACAGAUUAGCGACAGCAUUCCGGGCCAGCUGGGGCCCGGUCGGCGGCGGCGGAGGCGGGGAGGGAGAGCCGGUGCUGAACGUGGGGUUCCUCUGCGAGUACGACGCGCUUCCGGGUAUCUGGCACGCGUGCGGUCACAACCUGAUAGCGGAGGUGGGAGCUGCGGCCGCUCUGGGGCUGAAAGCUGCUUUAGAGGUCCGGACUGAGCUCCCUCAACCAGUGAAGAUAACAGUUUUGGGAACUCCUGCAGAGGAAGAUAUAGGAGGAAAGAUUGAGUUGAUCAAGGCGGGAGCCUUCGCUGACGUCGACCUCGUCUUCAUGGCUCACCCAGCCCAGCAAGAUGCGUCAUUCCUGCCCUGCGUCGCACUCGAUGAGGUGUCGGUGAAGUACCACGGGAAGGCAUCUCAUGCCUCUGCAUACCCUUGGGAGGGAGUAAACGCCCUGGAUGCUGCUGUGCUGGCCUACAACAAUCUCUCUGCACUCAGACAGCAACUCAAGCCGGAGUGGAGGCUUCACGGCAUCAUCAAACAUGGAGGGGAGAAGCCCAACAUUAUCCCCGUCUACACUGAGUUAAAUUAUUAUCUGCGCACACCGCAGGUUAAGGAUCUUUGUGACCUGAAGGCCAAAGCGGAGGCUUGCUUCAGGGCAGCUGCUGUCGCCACCGGCUGCCGAGUGGAGAUAAUCUACCCAAGCCAUGGCUAUUAUAACAUUCUGCCUAAUGCCACACUGGCAAACCUGUAUGAAAAUAAUGGAAAAGCUUUGGGGAUUCAGUUUCAAGAGCAGUCAGCCAACUUCUCUGGUUCUACAGACUUUGGCAACGUAUCAUUCAUAGUUCCCGGUAUCCAUCCUUUCUUCUACAUUGGCACCGAGGCGUUUAACCACACCGAGGAAUACACCGAAGCAGCAGGAGCUGAAAAGGCCCAGUUGUUCACCCUGAGGACAGCCAAAGCCCUGGCUAUGACAGCUGUGGAUGUAGUGUACUGCCCUGUUCUGCUGAGGCAAGUGAGGGAGGACUUCAGCCUGGCCAAACUGAAACAGGAGAAACAACUAAAAGGCAGCAAUACAGCUCUGACAGCUCCAUAAAUACAAUUAAUUUAGUAAUAAUUAUAGGACAUUUUAUAGCUGACAAUCAAGCUUUAACUCGAGCACAUUUCAACAGUUUGUAUGUUUACGGUUGAAGGACAGAGCCGUAAAACUACAACUCGGUGUGUAAUAUUUUCGACAACAGGGCCUCUCUGAGUAUCUCAAAUACCACCUUCAUUAGGUUCACCAUCAACAUGGGUACCCGUUCUAUAGGCUGUGUGGUGCCAGGAACUGGAAAAAUAGUUUGCACAAUGAAAUGAUAAUUUAGUAAAUGAUUAACGCCAACAUUUUAAAUAGAAAUACCGGCAAAACUAAUCACAUUCAUAUAAUCCUCAGCUCUAGUUCUCAUUUACUGCUGAAUGACAAUUGUUGGCAUGCUAAAUUAAAAUGUGUUAGCAUUUAGGCCCAAGCACCACCUAUUGUUAUUUAGAUAAAUGUCACCAUUCUAACUCAUUGUACCCCAAAAUGACUUACAAAAAGCACUUAAAAAUAUGCAAUUCAACUGUAUAGCCUACUACUUACUGUGUACUUCUACUUCAGAGGAAAACCCUAGCACUGCAUUACCUGAUAGAGAAAUGUUACAAUUGAUGUUGCAGAUUAUUAUAAUUCAUUAAACUAUCCAGCAUCAUAUUAAAAGCGCCACCGUGAACAUAGCUAAGUAAAUUGUGGUGAGAAUGUCUCACUUUCACUUCAAGUAAAAGUGCAGUAUUAAUAGUUUUAAUUCAGAAAAGAAAGUUUUGAGUUGGCCUACUUCUUCUACCACUGCCAAUAUCAACAUUCACAGUUAGAGAAAGCGUGAAAAGUAAAGCAAGAUGGCGUUUGCCUCGGGCUCCCAGAUCACUAAAUCCACAUUUGACACACACACACACACACACACACACACAAAGUCGCUGUUGCCUGCGGUUAAAAACUUUGGUGAAAUACACUUAGCGGAGGUAAUUUUAGCAGUAUUAGCACUUUCUAUGACAUAACCACCGUGGUUCUAAAGUAGAGCUUGGAUUUAAUUAGCAGAGGUAUUUUGCUAGCAGUAACAUUAUUAAUGUUAUAAGUUAGUAUCGGUCUUACACUGGGGAAAUACAGUCUUACUCGCGGGUGAAAAACACACCCAAGCCGUGGAUUGCUCAACGGUCAGAAACACCGGUGAAUGCACUCUGGUUCAACUCUGCUUUCAGUUGGUGUUGACACCCGGGAGAUGAAGAAGAGUGUGGUCGUAACUUUAAUUAGUCAGCAUCCUUGACACGUAUUCAGCAUCCAGUGAACUGCAGAGCUGCGAUCUACAAACGCCAGCUGCAGACGACACACUGGACUCAGUCUGCAGAGCCCUGAAGCCUGCCUCCGCUGCUGAUCAGAGCACUUGUUUAUUUUUUAUUAAUAUUGAAUGUGUCGCGUGAAAUUUUGACAGAGCAUUGCCUUUGGUCCCCAGGAAUACAACCACCAAGUGUGGAGUAGAUCGGAUUCUUGAGAUAUGCGAGAACUAACGCAAAUACAUACAUACACAGACAGACAGAGAUUCCUUGCUUUAUAAUUAUAUGUAAUUUCAUUCAUUUAGAUUUCCAGGCAUGCCUUCACCAGCACACAGGUCGAUUCAAAACGUUGGCUUCCCUUGAGAGGUCACAGAUGUGGUGGCACAUCAGGUUCUGAGCAUCUUUUUGAUGCUUUAUCCUUUUCAUGUCUUUCAUGUGCAGGGAUGCCUUUGUUCAAGUUUUUAUUUUUGUUUUUUUAGAGGGAUGAUGGCGCGCAAAGGUUGAGUCGUCAACUUUCCCUUUGGGACAUUACUUUGAUGCAAAGAAAAGUUUAAAAAAAGGAAACAUUCUUCAACAUAAUCCACAUAUUUGGCUGGGAGAAAUCUGAAAAUUAGCUUAACAUAUCCCUUCACGACACGUGAGCAGAUAAUGGUAUUACAGAAUAUGCAGUUUAUAUGAUUUGGUGUGAAAAGCUCAUCAGCAAUCAGACCUGUGCUAUAGAAAGAAGAGAGAUCCUGCAGCAUGGUGGCAAUCCAACGUCUAAUAACUGUGAAAGCUUAUUCUCCGGCACCGUUUCAAUAUUCUGUGUAAGAGAGCAGGAACAUACUCCUGAGGAACAUUUGGCACUGAGACUUCAGAGGUCGUUCCAGAAUGUUUUAGCAGAUUUUAAUUGAUGUCUGCAGCAGCAAUAUUCAGAAAAAGCAAUAUUCAGCCAUGCGUUUCAAUCCAUUUAUAUUUGUACGUACUAAAUGUAUUACAUGGAGAUUUAAAAUGUACAGUUUUGUGUUUGUGUUGUUGAGCACGUAAGCUCUGCUCAAAUAAUUUUCACAUAUUCAGAAAACAAAACAUUUAUUAAACAUUUUCCCCAUAUAUAACAUUUUUCCAGAGUUUAAUUUAACAUGUUUGUUCAUUAACCCCCAAAAUAUAUUGGAAUAUAUCUUUUGCCGAACAAAGUAUGAAGUUGUUUUAAGUUGAAUAGGACGAUAAAACUAGCAACUAACAGGUCACAGUGAACCUCAAAGCCCCACAACACCAAACAGAGAUGAGAUUCAGUUGUAUCAAAAAAAGAAGAAAAAAGGGACAUUUUUAAAAAGUCAAUACCAUAAUCAGUGUUUGGGAUUUACUGAACAUAUAUUUUUACAUUUGUGUUUUUAAUAGACAGCAUUAUUUUGCUUUAUCAAAUGACGAAUGCAACGCAGUAAGUAGCUUGAGAGCUAAACAAUCGCAUUGAUACAAAGAUCACAUGAAAAAUGUAACACAUACUGAAUCGUUCUAAUGUGCUGCAAAUGAAAAAUCAAGCUUCAAGAAUAAUCACUUUUUUUUUUUAAAGAAAUAGUCCCACGUUUUGGGUAAUGGCGCUGAUUUGUUUUCUCAGCCAAGAGUCCGAUAAGAGGAUUGACACCACUCUCAUGUCUUCUCUAACUUUCCACCAGAAAGCAAAUAAGCCGAACUAUUAAAGUAUUUUAAGAGUACCAUUGAUUGUCAAGUAUAGUUCAUAUGCAAAGAAGAAGGAAUCUGUCCAUAUCCUGGCAAUGUCAGAAAUCCGUUUUCAGUUCUCAUUUUCGGUUUUGAAAUAUGGUUAGAUUCGCUGCACAGGAUAAUAUCUCUGUGCAGUCAGUCCAAUCUUUCCAUCAACAGCAUUAUAGGUACAAUAUGAAACCACAUCGACUUGAUCCAUUGACAAAACCAGCGACAACAAUGAUCGUCCUGUUUGUCAGUAACUCAUUUAUAAACUCUUCAGUUUUAAGUGGCUGGGUCGAGAAGGCAAUGGUCACCAAUCUGCCAAAGGUCCCCAUGCAUCUUAAAUGCAGUUUCUCUGUCUGAAAAGCAUCACAUGCAAUGAUGUUUUUUUUCCUGCUCUUUCCCAAAUGAGCCAAGCUCCUCGAGUCUACUUCUUCAUCCCGGGUUACGAGUAGAUGGACCAAUAGAUGAUGUUAAAGAGGAUGUACGCACCAGGAAACAAAACCCUUGAGUACUUGUCUAUGGCGUGGGUGUCUAUCCAGACGUUCACGUAGGCUCUGGAUGGCUGAACCUGGCCUGUGAUCUGCGGGUCAUUCAGGGAAACCUGGGCCAACAUUCGAUCCUGGCGACCGCCGUUCUCUGGCAUCCCAUAAUUCCCUGUGGUGUUGACAUCCAUGGACCCGUAGCCAGUGAUCUGGGGGUCGAUCAUCAUAUCGUCUGGGUUGCCAAUGCCGCAUGUACACGGCAGCUAGAGAGGUAUAAAUAAGACAAAGUAACUGUUACACUUUGUAAUCUGUUCAUUGUAAACGCUGUUUUCUGUAAAGCCAUAAAUUAAAACAAGAUUAUAAAUACAUUAGAUUAUUAAAUGUUUAGCAUGUUGCUGCACACUCAGAGCCUUUAAAUAACUUCUGCAUCAAACAUUUAUGGAAGGAUGUUUGUGCUAGAAAUGUUCCUCGGGGUAUGUGGGCAAUCUGGCUCCAUAUGCUGCAGCAUUUGGCAGAUGAAGAAUAGCAAUAUAGUACACAAGCUGUAGUCCCAGAAAUAAUUUGCCAUAGCCUCGGGAGCAAUUUAAAGUGAGUCAAUCGAGAAAAAUAUUUAUCUGUUUAUUGGGAAUGCGCAUUAAGUAUUAAUCCAUGUUUCUACCAGUUUA